GUCUACUGCACAGAGAGCCGGGCCAUGAUCGUCAUCGGCGUGGUGUACGCGCUGUGCUUCACCCUGACUGCUUCGACCCCGCACGAAUGGGUCAUCGAGGAGGUUCGAGACAACGCCACGGGGACCUCGGUGCUCCGACUCGACUAUUCGGACCUCGGACGCAACGAUACCUACAAGAUGGUAUUCUACUGGUUCACGGCCGUGUGCUUCAUCCUGCUGCCUCUCGUGCUUCUGUCGGUGUUCAAUUCGUUCCUUAUCUACGUGGUGAAGCAAAGCCGGGCUCAGCGACGCACCAUGACGAGCCAGCGACUUGAGAGGGACACCCAUUCGCAGUCGCAGGAAAAUAAGAUUACCGUGAUGCUGAUUGCUGUGGUUCUGCUGGCUCUCGUCUGUCAGCUUCCUGUGGCCGUCCUGUUGCUCUACAAGUCAUUUAAUGAGUCCGAGCCGAACACUAUGUCCGACAACAUCGAGCGCGGCCUCGGCAACAUCUUCAACCUGCUCUCGGCCAUCAACGCCGCCUGCAACUUCGUCCUUUACUGCGCCAUGAGCGACAAAUACCGACGUACCUUCCUGCGGACCUUCUGCUCGCGCUGGUACCGCCAGCCGUCGCCCCUGCACUCCUGGAUGGCCACGGCGUACAGCAACGUGGACGACGGCAGCCCCAGGUUCUCGAGGAUGUCGUCCAUGCGCAUGUCCAGGCGAUCCUCCCACAGGUCACUUCCGUCGCGGGACCGAACGACGCAGACCCGCGUGUGAGCGACGCCGCCGCAGCCUCUCUGCUCAACGGGUCGCCCUCCGCCCGCAGCGCCCCGCC